UCGUGAUGACUAUAAAAUGGAGGAGACAAGGCAAUUAUCGCUUUUUCUGCCGCAGUGGUCCCAUGGGGAGUGCCUCCGAUCAGUGAGAUCUCCAAAAUUAGCUUUAAAUAGAGGAGGAGGAGGAGGAGGAGGAGAUCAUCAAUGGCGAAGGUGGUGCUAACGGCGGUGCUUCUGUUGUCCUGCGCGCAUUAUCCCUCAGUUCUGUGCCUUUCCGAGUUCACCAGAGACGACUUCCCUGCGGAUUUCGUUUUCGGUGCAGCAACUUCCGCUUUUCAGUAUGAAGGUGCAUGGGCAGAAGAUGGAAAGUCUCCAAGCAUUUGGGAUACUUUUACACAUGAGGGGUGGGCUGGUCGCAACACCCCGGAUGUGGCUUCUGAUGGAUAUCACAAAUAUAAGGGAGACAUCAAGCUCAUGAGUGAUACUGGGCUCGAAGCUUAUAGAUUUUCUAUCUCCUGGCCAAGGCUCCUCCCAAAUGGGAGAGGACCAGUGAAUCCUAAAGGCUUGGAGUAUUACAACAACGUCAUCAACGAAAUAAUCAAAUUUGGUAUUCAGCCUCAUGUGACCCUGCAUCAUUUGGAUGUUCCGCAAGUACUUCAGGAUGAGUAUGGAGGAUGGCUAAGCCCGAAAAUCAUUGAUGAUUUUAAAGAACUAGCUGAUGUGUGCUUUAAAGAAUUUGGCGACAGAGUUACUCAUUGGACCACAAUUAAUCAGCCCAACAUCAACUCCUUUGGCUCCUACGAUUAUGGUUUUUUCCCUCCUUGCCGAUGUUCAAAUCCUUAUGGUAUUACUUUUAUGGGAGACAGUGUUAAUUGUACAAAAGGCAAUUCCACAGUGGAGCCAUAUAUCACUGCCCAUAAUUAUUUAUUGGCUCAUUCUGCAGCAGUUGAGUUGUACAGGAACAAAUAUCAGACCAUACAAAAAGGUCAGAUUGGCAUCAACAUCUACACCAUCGGGUUCUCACCACUGACAAAUUCUGCUGAAGAUGCUAUGGCAGCAGGGAGAGCGCGAGACUUCCUAAUAGGGUGGUUCUUGAACCCAAUCUUUUUUGGAGACUACCCUGAGAUGAUAAAAACAAAUGCGGGCUCACGGCUUCCAUCUUUCACCUAUUCUGAAUCUCAAAAAUUGAAGGGGUCAUGUGAUUUCAUUGGCAUGAACUAUUACUACUCAUUGUAUGUGGCUGAUGACUCUAGUAUUCCCAAGACAGGCCUUCGAGAUGCUAAUUCAGACAUGUUUGCUAAGUUUACAGCAUUCAAGGAUGUCCCUCCUGUAAGUCAGCUUCGUCCACCUACUCAAAUCUCCCAUGAUUUUGAAAGCCUUCGAAAAAUGCUGAAUUAUCUCAAAGACACCUACAGAAAUCCUCCUAUUUACAUUCAUGAGAAUGGUUAUGGCUUGAAGUUUAUCGACUCAAUGAAUGAUGUUGGAAGGAUAUCCUUUCUAAGUGGUUUCAUCGGAAGCGUACUUCAGUCUAUCAGGGAUGGAAUAGAUGUGAGAGGAUACUUUGUUUGGACAUUUAUCGAUGGAUAUGAGUUGCUUGCUGGGUAUGCAUCAAGAUUUGGCUUCUACCAUGUGAAUUUUGAGGACAGUGAACAUGAGAGGACGCCAAGGCUUUCUGCCCAUUGGUACCGCAACUUUCUCAGAAAUGGUACUGCAAUCAAGGUCCAGAUAAAUGACAACUUUUGUUCAAAGGCUCGUUCCUCGGAUUAAAAAGCCUGGUUUUGAUUUGGAAGCGGUUUUAUCUAUUAGUUCGGUUUUAUUGAGAUGUAGAAAUGUUUGAUGUGUUCUCAGAAUAAGUUGCUGUGAGGUGCUACUUAAUAUGUAAUGAUUCAUAGAAUUUUGUUUUGAUGAUUAUGUUAAUACUAAGCUUGCUAUUUUGCUGGAAUUGCCAACCAAAAGAAUACUUGAGGUUCUCAUCAAAUAUUCGUUAGAAGAGAUUCAGGUUAAUGAUGAUUGGGAUCAAGUGUUCCGGGGACUAAAAUGGUUUCAGUUGGUGUUAUUUUGUUUUUAUUUAUGGUUUGUGUCUUAUAUGCAAAUAAAAAAGCUUAUAAGUGUAAAUUUUCUAACUCUUAUUGUGUUCUAAGUUGUUUAUGUAAA